AGCUUCUCUCGCUCUCCAGCCACUCCAAUCUCUCUAUCUCUCUCCCCCCUCCACCUCUCUCUCCUCUUUCGGCGCUGAGGGUUUCGGAUAUUCGGUUCCAAUCUCCGUUUUUCUUUAAUUUUUUUAAAUCUCGAACGGUAGUGGAAUCGGUAGAAACACGCGAUCGCAUUUAUAUCGACGGAAGGAUCGAUCGGGGGUGGCUUCCCGGGGGACGAAGGGAUUGUAGGGUCCCGCUGCGGUGGAUUUUUGUGGUUAUUGAUUGAUUUGGGUUUUGGUUUGGGGCGGGGUUAUGAGGUUGAACGGGGAGAUUUCCUAUAGGAAUGAGGAGGAGAAGGAGGACGAGAUGGGUUCGGUUCUGCCGCCCCCACUGCCGCAGCAGAAGCUCGUCGUGGGGUACGCUCUGACGUCGAAGAAGGUCAAGAGCUUCUUGCAGCCGAAGCUGGAAGGUUUGGCUAGGAAGAAGGGGAUUUUAUUUGUUGCAAUUGACCCAAGUAGGCCUCUUUCAGAGCAAGGUCCUUUUGAUAUUGUUCUACACAAGUUGACUGGAAAAGAAUGGCAACAAAUUCUGGAGGAUUAUGGCAGAAAACAUCCAGAAGUGACUGUGCUCGACCCACCGGAUGCCAUACAACACUUGCGCAAUCGGCAAUCAAUGCUUGAGGGUGUGGCCGAUUUGAAUCUAUCAGACUGCCAUGGUAAAGUUGGUGUUCCUAGGCAAGUGGUAAUUACAAAAGACCCCUCAUCAAUCCUAGAUGCAGUUACCAGGGCUGGAUUAACACUACCUUUAGUUGCCAAGCCAUUGGUAGUUGAUGGAAGUGCAAAAUCACAUGAACUUUCUCUUGCUUAUGAUCGAUUCUCCUUGUCAAAGCUUGAUCCUCCCUUGGUUUUACAGGAAUUUGUCAAUCAUGGUGGUGUUCUCUUUAAGGUCUAUAUUGUUGGGGAAACAAUAAAAGUCGUGCGGCGAUUUUCCCUUCCUGAUGUUAAUAAAUGCAACCUAUUAAACAAUGCUGGUGUCUUUCGAUUUCCGAGGGUUUCUUGUGCUGCAGCCUCUGCAGAUGAUGCUGACCUGGACCCUGCUGUUGCUGAACUUCCUCCUCGACCGUUGCUUGAGAGGCUUGCUAGGGAGCUCCAUCGUAGACUGGGCCUUCGGUUAUUCAACAUAGAUAUGAUCAGGGAGCAUGAGACAAGGGACCGAUUUUAUGUCAUUGAUAUCAACUAUUUUCCUGGAUAUAGCAAAAUGCCAGGAUACGAACACAUUUUCACCGACUUCCUUCUAAGCCUGGUGCAAAGCAAGCAUAAAAGGCGAUAAACAGCUAAAGCUGCUGCUGGUGAAAUGUUCUUUGAUCUGCAAACAUCAGGUGGUUGUUCUGAUUCUCCAACAUGCCCUCUAAAUCGUCCGCAUGUACAUAGCUGGUAUGGGGCAUGUGAAACUGGAUACUGACAAAUGGUCGAGACAGUGGGUCUUGAUCAGCAAAGAUGCUCCUCACCUCCCACAAUUGCCAACUGACGUUGUUACAUGCCCUUCCAAAGGCUUUCACCAUUAAUGUAUGCAAGCUCUCUGGUAGCAAGCUCUCCUUUUGUCCGUUGGCUGUAUUUUUCUGUUAAUUUUCUUCAAAUCCAAGUUCAGAGGAGAAAAUUUGUGAAUGGAAUCACUGAAAAUUAGAUUCCUUCUACUAAUGUCAUGCAAGUAUUAAGCAAAAUUUAGAUGGUUGACUUUAAACUUUGGGUGGAAAAAUCAUUGAGGUUGCCAGUUAGUCUCGAUCCCUCAUAAUUAAGUCAAUGAGCUCAGAGUAGAGCAGCGAGUAUGGUCCUUGGUGUAUUUUUCAAACUGCAACCUAUUGCUCGAGUUACCACCGAGUUUUGAGAGCAUUUCGAUGGCCUGGCUUCCACUCAUUCCCAGAAGGAAGCAUGACAAUGGACAACAAAAAAGCCGGGGAAAAUGUCAGACGGAAGUUAAUUAUUCAGAGAUGGAUUUCCUUACGGUCUUCGGUUGUAAUAGUAGCUGAAUCUGUUUUACUGAUGAUUUAGAAAAGCUGUGUUUGGCUUGGGAAUUAGAAAACAUGGAUCAGGAUCACUUUAUGGCUA